AUGCAGCGCGCCAACUUCCUGACCACGAUCUUCUUUGCUUUCGUGCUCCUCUUCGUCGCAAAGAACGUGCACGCCGCGGCCAUCCCUACGCCAACCAUCGACGGUGGAUCCGGUACACACUCCGAGCGCGAUGCAUUGAAUCUGCGAGCCGGACCCCAGCCACAUGCAUCGUUUCCUACGCUCAACCCCGAGGCUCCUCUACCUGAACCUCUCGGGGCGUUGACCACCGUCGACGGCGCAGUCAUACCGAGGAUCACCACUGCCGCUGUUGUGCCCUCACCAAUCAUCACCACCGCUGCCGUCGUGCCCGUAUCGAGGAUCACUACCGGCGCCGUCGUACCCGCAACCACCAUCGCUGCUGCGAUUGCCGAUGCCUCGACCACCAACGAUUUCGGCAUACCUGUGCCAGCGACCACGAGCGAUGCGGUCGCGCGGGCGCUCCCAUGUCCCUCUCAUCGGUUAGUCUGUGCUUGA